GCCUACGUAAACAAAAGCCCUGGGCCAGAAGGAGAGGCGGGGCCUCCCCGGAGGCCAGUGCGUGGUUGCGGAGUCCGACCGUCGCUUUGCUCCGCCCCCUGGGACUGCCAAAGCCACCAUGGAGGAGUACCAAAGGCCCUGCGACGAGAUUGCCUUCAAUGCUGAUGAAGCCCAAAAUAUAGUCAAAGAGUGUGUUGAUGGAGUUUUAGGAGGUGAGGACUACAAUCAAGACAACAUCAACCAGUGGACUGCAAGCAUCGUGGAGCAAUCCCUUGCACAUUUGGUUAAGCUUGGCAAAGCUUAUAAGUACAUUGUGACCUGUGCUGUGGUCCAGAGGAGUGCAUAUGGAUUUCACACAGCCAGCUCAUGUUUUUGGGAUACUACAUCUGAUGGAACCUGUACUGUGAGAUGGGAGAAUCGUACCAUGAACUGCAUCGUUAAUGUUUUUGCGAUUGCAAUUGUCCUGUAACCCACUAAACAUUUUGGUUAAAGCCAUUUAACCUAAGUUUGUUGAGUGCAUCCUUUCUAAAAAGAGUAAUAAUUACCUAUUAAUGUGCUAGAUGGCAAGUGUGCAAUAUGCUUCAAAGCUAUCAACAAAAAAUGAAUAUUGUAAGCAAAAGUCUAAUAAAUAAGAACUUGGUAGGUUAUCUCAUAUUCUAUACAGCUUCAUUUAAAGACACAAAUGUUAGCCAAAAAACAAUGCACAAAUAUUGACUGACAUAAAAAUAGAAUAUUAUAUUUAUACAAGCCUUUCACUAGCAUUAUGCACCCACAGAGAUGGGAAAAUCUAUUCAGAUAUUGACAUUAUCUUUAAACUAGAAAACAUAACAGGGAUAAAUAUGUGAUCAGUGCAGAGAAAAUUAUAUGAAUUAGCUAAUACUUUUCUUAUUUAUUUUAAUUUCUCCCCUUCAUUGAAUUAUAUAUAAUAGUUCUUGGAAAGUAAUUUUGACACCCCCCACACCCUCAUCUAAUGUUAUAGGUAGCAGCUAUAACCAACCUGUUUCAUUUUCCUGAGAACUGGCAAAUCCAUGUUUUUAAAUGUCAAUUUCUUGCAUUUAUACUUGAGGUAGAAUUAAAUGAUAACCAGAUUUCCUGGUUAAGCAAAAUUAGUUAAGUCCAUAAUCAAGAGUAUAUGACUCAGACAACUGCCUUACAAUCCACUCAUUAUCUACUGAAUGACUGUUCUGCAUCUCUCUCUGCCAGGCAUGGCAGCUCUCCACAUGGUGUUCAGGUGUUAAGUUUCUUUGGUAGCUGUUCAGUUGGAAAUCUGGUAUUUCUGAGGAAGGGCCAAAAAGAAAGGAAAGAGUCUGGACCUCCAUGGAGAACUAAGCAAAAGGAACACACUAAUUGGUGACAGAAUUAUAGAUACAGUUUUUCUAAGGGUUGCUUCUGACCAAGUAAAAUACAUAAAAUAUGCAACUCUUACUUAAAGGCCUUAUUAGUAGUCUUAGCUAUACAAGUAAUAAAUUUUAUCAUUGCAUUAGUUACAGCUAUGUGUGCAUAAUUUAAAAUGCUUACGUGGCGUUAGGACUGAGUGGAAUAGGAUAUACAUUAAAAGUGAACAAUCAUUAGCAGGUUAUCUAAUAUCUCAGGGCUUAUGAAAUAUAGUUAAAUUUAUUAAGAAUAUCAAUGAUAAAACCUAGGAUACACAGCUGGCCACCCAAUGCAAAGUCAGUCUGCCAUUUAACCUUGAAAAUGAAAUCAAUUUUACAUGUCACCACUGACACCCAAUCCAUGUAAGGACUGAAAUCACGAUUCAUUAAAUUUGGGGGUAAAGGAAAGCUCAGUAUUAAUGGUGACAAUAUUAUGACAGAUUCUUGUAGGAGUACUACUCGCAUUGUUGGCAUUUUGCCGAAGAACUGUAAUGACAAGAAUGCAAAGAGAGGGUUUAAUGCAGUGAUCUGUGAUUUCGGCACAUCAGAAAUUCUUUGUCAUUACCUUUAUGUACUUUAUGCUGCUGGCUCUUGUACCUCUGGAGAUUAUAAUAGUGACCAAACUAUCUGUGCAGUUAAGGCUUAUUUUUGAUGAUUGUUGUUGAAGCCUCAUUUUAAAAUAAAUCAUACCUCAUGAGCUUGCUAUCUGCUGUUUCUGGUUCAAAUAUAAUAAAGACUAUCUUACUGUGCUGUA